UUUCGUAAAAAAAAUUGGAGACGAGUUAGCUAGUUAGAUCUCUGUCAAGAUGGCGGAUGGCGUGGACAUCGAUUUGUAUGCUGAUGAUGUUGACCAAGAAUUUAGCCAGGAGGCAGAACAGUAUAACUCUAGCUCUGGCGGUGUAGAUCUCUAUGAUGAUGUCAUAACAGCACCUUCAGACGGAAGUAGCAAGUCUCAAAAUGUGUCUGGUGGAGGUGAUGCCUCAAAAGCCCGUCGACAUUCCAGUGAACAGCAUUCCGGUGGUCAACCGCCGUACUCAGGCAAGAGAGUCUCCCUCUAUGUUGGCAAUCUUACAUGGUGGACCACCGACAACGACCUGAAGCAAGCGGUCAACGAACUCGGCGUGAAGGAUCUUCAGGAUAUCAAAUUCUUUGAGAAUCGGGCAAACGGACAGUCAAAGGGAUUUGCUGCUGUACACGUCGGCUCGGACAACUCCUACAGACUCCUCAUGCACAACCUUGGAAAGAAAGAAAUUCAUGGUCAGCUCCCGAUGGUCACUCCUCACAACAAACAGAGCUUUGGUCAGUUUGACCAGGCUUCAAAGAAAGCCCAAGAUAGCAGGGAUCAGCGUCCAGACGGUAGACCUAACCAGGGACGAGAUGACCGCUUCAACCCACAUAACAACUGGAGAGGUGGUGCCCAAGGAGGACAAGGGGAUGGCAGAGACAACCGUGACAAUCGUGAUAAUCGUGAAUACCGCAACCGUGACGAUCGUUACCAAGAUAGAGAUAGGCGUGGAGGGAAUAACUAUGGAGGUCCAAACAACAACCAAGGCCCGCCUCCGAGGUUCCAGAACCAGGGACCACCUCAAGGACCACCUCAUAUGAAUCAAGGACCGCCCCCUAUGAAUCAAGGACCGCCUCCUCCAAUGAAUCAAGGACCGCCUCCUCCAAUGAACCAAGGCCCUCCAAUGAAUCAAGGCCCUCCAAUGAAUCAGGGACCGCCUCCAAUGAAUCAAGGACCUCCCCCAAUGAACCAAGGCCCACCCCCUAUGAACCAAGGACCACCCCCUAUGAACCAAGGACCACCCCCAAUGCAAGGCCCACCUCCAAUGCAAGGUCCUCCUCCUCCCAUGAAUCAGGGUCCACGUGGACAAGGACCUCCUCAGGGACCACCUCAAGGCCCGCCACCGCCCAGAGGAAUGCCUCCCCCCAACCAAGGACCCCCUCCCAUGCAGGGGCCUCCUCGUCCAGGCGGACCUCCACCACGUGGCCCUCCUCCUGGUGGACCUCCCCCAGGGAUGCCGCCUCCAGGCAUGCAGGGACCUCCUCCACGUGGCCCACCUCCCCCAGGUGGACCCAGAGGCCUCCCUCCCCCUAUGCGUGGGCCACCACCUCCCAACAUGGAUAAAGGACCGCCUCCUAUGGGGCCACCAGGUGGACCACCUCGAAUGCAGGGCCCUCCACCGCCCCACCCCGGUGGUCCUCCACCACCCCAUCAAGGCCCUCCUCCACCCCAUGGGGGCCCUCCACCUCCCCACGGUGGACCGCCUCCGCGUGGCCCCCCUCCUGGGCCUGCCCCAAGACCAGGACCCCCUCCACCUCACAUGGGUGGUCCGCCUCCACCCAUAUCAGGCCCAGGUGGACCGCCUCCUCCCAACAGAGGCCCGCCCCCUCCCAUGCAGGGACCACCCCCUACAAUGCAGGGACCGCCUCCAAAUCAAAAUAUGAUGCAAGGACCACCAAGAGGACCUCCUCCUCCACAGGGAGUCCCGCCUCCACAUCGCCCUCCUGUCUCUGGUCCGCCUCCAAACAUGGGACCACCUCCAAUGCAGGCUCCGCCCCAGAACAUGGCUCCUCCACCCAUGCAGGCUCCUCCGCCUCAAAACAUGGCUCCUCCCCCUCAAAAUAUGGCCCCUCCCCCUCAAAACAUGCAAGGGCCUCCUCCUAACAUGAACAGACCGCCUCCACCACACAGCAUGAGUGGUCCCCCACCAGGUAUGGUGGCCCCGCCCCACAACUCCAUGGUAGGACCGCCCCCAGUGGCACCUGUUCAACAGCCACAUGUACAGCAGACGAUGCCUCAACCCCAGCAGGUCCAGCCUCCGGCCUCUGGCGCACCCCCAGCUCUCCAUGUAAACCCCGCCUUCUUCCCUGGUCAGACGCAGGUACCACCCCAGCAAGCUCCGCCCCAACAAGACAGAUCAAUGUAUGAUCAGUCGAGACAAGCAUACAACCAGCAAGAGUACAGACCACCUACAGAACCUGACAGGCAACCAUCUCCGGCUCCUCAGUUGAGCGAGGCAGAGUUUGAAGAGAUCAUGAACAGGAAUCGUAACGUGUCGUCUAGCGCCAUCGCCAGGGCAGUCAACGAUGCAUCCUCGGGUUCGUUCACCAGUGCUAUAGACACCUUAGAGACUGCCAUCUCGCUAAUCAAGAGGUCAAAGGUCGCCAAUGAUGACCGAUGUAAGCUUCUCAUCAGCUCUCUACAGGAUUGUCUUCACGGAAUCGAGACCAAGUCCUAUGGUGGCUCGUCAGGAUCAAGUUCCCGGUCACGCAAGGACAGGAGUUCAAGAGAGCGUGACCCCGAGAGCCGCCACAGGUCACGUGAAUCCCGUAGCUCAAGACACAAGCGCGAAAGAUCUCGCAGUCGGGACAGGGAAUACCGAGAGCGUAGCCGGGAGAGGGAGUACAGUGACAGAGAGCGUGGGGAUCGUCAUCGUGACCGAGAUCGCGACCGUGACAGGGAGUACAGAAGACGUUAAGCGCUGCUCCGAGAAGAGUCGUUGAAUUUGUGUUUUAGGUGUUUUCUGCCAUCCAGCUGUGGCCAAGUAAUCGCUUUUUUACAUAAUAACCCGCUGUAUAAAUGCCAGUGGUCAUGGCCGUAAAAAUUAAACUAGUAAGAUUAUGGUCGGGACCAUAAACUUGUGGUUAGAGAAUAGUGACAGUUCUGGUCUGACGUUUGAUAGGGAGUAGGGGGUAUAGUACGGUACAUACGACCUCUUGGUCUAACAAUUUCGAGUUUCGCCAAGCCACUUGUUUGGCAGAUCAAAUUGGGGAGCGUGAGGGUUUCGCUUGUCGUAGUUGAUGAUCCGGGAGAGAUACUGCAGAGUUCUUCGCAAGAGAACCUUCAUGGGUCAAGAGUCUUCGCAAGGUGGAGCUUUGAGUGUUCAUGGACAUCAUCAGUGUCACUUUCAUCGUCGCUGCAGCUUCGCAAGCAUCUAUGUCAUCGUAGCAUCGCAAGCAAGUGGAUCAGAGUAUCGUCCAUCAUGAAGGACAUCGCGUCAAGGACACCUUCAGCCUUCGAGACAGUUCAGCAAGGACCUUCGUAGCGAUUAUUUGCAGCAUUGGUCAGAGAUACACUCCCCAUCCACCACCAAGACAUACCAAAGUCCUCACCUCCGACCUGCAGACCGAGGCAAGUUAUUUGUACGUGUCUUUGUGUCCAAUAGUAUUUAGUUCUCAAUAUUUGAUGAUGUAGAAGUAAAACCAUUCUCCUAUUGACUAUAGACCUCCUUGUCACAGAAUACUCUGCCCCUCGAUCACCCUUUUGACAAUCAGUCCACAAUCUUUGUAUACACAAGCAAUUGAACUUUGAGAUGUAGCUUGAAAACACCAAGUCAGCUCUUUUGGAUUACUCUUUGAUUCAUGGCUGUAAAAGUGCUUCAUCAGCAAGCGAUUGUUAUGAUUUCAGUAUAAACCUUCUACCCUACUUUACAAGAUUCCACAAGAUAUUGACAUGCCCUUGGCGGUGAUCUUUAAACAUCAUAUCUCGACAUUCGCCAUGUAUUAGUCUUUAUUGACAGUUGUUUUCGUGUAAGAUAUUAAUCUAAGUGUUGAAUGCGCACUUGAAAUCAGCAAUGUCUUUGUUGUGUAAUAUAAAGUCUGGCAUUGCAUCUAGUCUGAGGUAGUUUUAAGUGACACCCAUGUUAAUUAUGUGAGAGCAAACCAGUUUGAAGCAGACUGGAUUUUAGAUCGACCUUUGUAUAUUUACCAUUUCUAUCUGCUUUGGGCGUUACUAUUUUUACACAUGAACCAAAAUAUUGCAAGUUUGCAGAAGAAUAGGCUUGAACUUUAGGAUGUUAACAUUGUUUUGUAUAAGAAAUUUGUGAUGUUUUUGUUGUUGAGUAUGAAUAUGUGUCAUUCAAAAUUUUGCUAGAUGUAUGAAAUUUUGGCACUUACAUUUACUUCGAUGAAAUCUGCUCAGUGUAACCUCUUUUUAACGAAACAUAAUUGGUAGAACAUGUGUAACCAAUAACCUACAUUUGUAAGGUCAUUUGUUGAUGAUUUUAGAAGACAAAGUGUCAAGAAAACAAGAUGUAAAUAUUGCAUUUGCUGAUACUUUUGUCAUGCUAGCUCCACUUUCUCAAUUAAUUUGUAUGUGUAUCUGUCCCCCUCUCCACUUCGCCCCCUCUCUCUCUCUCUCUCUGUCUUUACUAUCUGUAUAUAAAACAUAAGCUUUUCAAUGUCAAACUGAGCAUUUUAUCUCAGAAGUGAAGGAUUCAUAGUUUGUAAAAUUCUCAUUUUGACCUUGUAGAUCACUUACUGAUCCAUAAGCUCAAAUACAUUUCUUUUUUUUUUCAAAGGGCUCUUCGGCCCCUUGCAAAGACGAGCACACAUUUUGUUAAAAGUUAUUCAAAAAUGAAAUAAUGUUUUGUACUGCAUUUUGGGUGAAUUACCACUUGGUCAAAUCCCAAAUUGUCUCAAGAAAAAAAAAGACAAAUGUUACUUAACAUUAGACUAAAUUGGUUUAGGCAAUGAGAGAACUAGGCCUAUUCAUGUUUGACCAAGUUGCAAUCCACCCUCAACAUUGCUAAAUCAUAACCACUUUCUCUUUUUUUUUUCCUCUUUGAGCAGGUUGGAGAGAAAAUAGCUUUGAUUUUUCCCACAUUGAAGAGACCCGAGGAACAUUAGUCGUCAUGUCUCUUCUUGCCUUUUUUUAUUGAAAUUUAAAGUCAUCUUCAAUGUCUUCUGAAGAUAUUUGAAAAUGGGUGGUGACUAUGAUCUUUCUAAUAAGUUUCUUGAAGGACAGAUCAACAUUUUAAUCAAGUUCAUGAAAUUUUGGCAUUAACUUUAAUACUUCCAGAGAAGAAAACAUAGCUUUCAAAAAGUCCCCCCC